AUGAUCGAAGAAAAAAAGACUUUAGUUAUUGGAGGCGGCGGCUAUUUGGGAGCUCACCUUGUGAAAAUGUUGCUCGGAGAGGGUUUUGAAGUUUCGAUUUUGGACCUGGAGCUCAGAAAAUUCAACGUGGUUCCGAUCGAAUACGAAAAAAUUCAUUUUUUCAAGGUGAGGUUGGUUGAAACUCGUCAACAUAAAGUUGAAUAGUUUCAAUGGAUUUUUCCAAGAACAACUCAUUUUAUUAUGCGAGAGUUUUUUUGAAGACGGGUCAAGGUCUCAUAGGAGUACUAACAACAACAAAAAAUCAACAAGGGCAAGAAGAGCCUUAAUUCUUCUAUUUUCAUAACCGUGUAUCCAAAAUCUUCCUUCUAGGGCUCAUUUCUCGACGAGAAACUUCUUGAUCGUUCAAUGAGCGGCUGCACGUCCGUGUUCCAUUUGGCUGCGAUUGGCAUGUCUGGCUCAACUGGGGUCAGAAAAUCAUUUCCAUAAAAAAGUUGAAAAAUAUUUUCAGGGAAACAAAGCUUCGAUAAUGAAAGUGAAUGCGGAAGGGACUGACUUGGUUAUAAGAAAAUGCCGAGAAAAUGACGUUCAAAGCUUGAUUUUCGCCAGCAGCGUUUGCGUUGUCUUCACUGGAUCGGUGAGUUGAUGAUAAAGAUUUGAGAAUUUUUACGAAGAAGUAAAAAAAGAUGAAGGACUUUUUAAUUUUUAAAUUUUUCUGUAGACUACAGAAAUUUCGUGAAGUUAUCGGAAAAAAAGUUUUUGAUUCACUAUUUUUUUCGAUUUCCUAACUUGUAUUUUCUUAUUCUCAAAGUAACGACAUGAAAUUUUCAAAGGUUUUUUUCUCAGCCAACCAAAAUUGAAUGUUUUUUUAAAGAAAAAAAUUAGUAUUUUUUUCAGCCCCUUCUCGAGGCAGAUGAAACGUUACCUUAUCCAGACGAGCAGAAGGUUAGGCUUAUUUUAUGAAAUUUAAAAGUAAGCCUAUCUUUCAGCUUCUUAGUCACUACUGCUAUUCGAAAGUGCUCGCCGAAAAGGCUGUCCUGGCUGCUUCAGACGACAGUCUUCGAACGAUUUCUCUCCGUUUCCGCGGCAUUUUCGGUCCAGGCGAGCCAAGGUCAACAGAGCGCGCUGUUGUGAGCUUCACCAUUUUUAUAAAUUAAAAAUCUUGCCAAAUUAUUAGAGCGUGAUAAAGUCAUCCUGGUGGUGCGCGAUCGCCCAGCAAGGUUGCUACGAAGCUCGUACCAGCUACAGCAGCGUCAGGAAUUGUGCCAAAGCCUUCAUUCUGGCUGAGAAAGCAACUCGGAAAGGAAAAUAUCAUGGACGGGUCAGUAUUCUCAAAAUUUUACCGAUCAAUGUUGCUGUAAAGAAAUGCAAGAAAUUAUUCAUGGUUCACUAAAGUACUUAAGACUUCUUUGGGGCUGACAGUCAUUCGAAUUUGCAGUUUGAGAUUUUGAAAUUCGAUUAACAAAAUCUUCAAAUUCCCGGUUAAGCCCUAUUACAAAAAUAUCGUUUUCUAUUCGAAAAAUGGAAUCAAACACCAUAAAAAAUGUCUCACCUUUUUUUCAAACUUUCGCACAUCGGAAGCUUCAGAAUCUCUCCUCGAUACAUUUUCGCCAAAUUUAAAAAAAUUUCCAAGCCCGGGGAAAAGACCUUGUUUGUGAGAUUUGUGUUAUUCAUGAAAAUCUUGCGCCUUUUUUAAAUUUGAUUCCAAAACUAUUUUCAAAAACUGCACCUCGAAUACCCAAAGAAUGCAAACCUUUUGGUAAUUCAAAAAGGUUUCUAGAAUCACAACCAUUUUCAUUCAGGCAUACAACAUCGUGGACAGCGAAAUUCACGGAGCCUUCAGCUUUUGGAACGACCUUAUCCAAGUUCUUGGUUUCCAACCGCCAACUUUGGUCAUUCCCUAUUAUUUUGUGAAGCCUCUGUCUUUUUUCGUCGAGAUGAUCAGCUACAUGUUCUUGGUGAAUCCACCUUUCACACAGCUGGAAAUGGCCUUGAUGUGUGUCGACAACACAUUUUCUCAUGCUCGAGCAACAGAAGAGCUCGGCUACCAUCCUGAGCCUUCGAUGAUGCCCGAGGUUAUUCAUAAUUCGUAUCAUUUUCAGUUGAUACGUUUUUUCAAACUUAUUCAUAGAGUCAAAAAAACGUCAAACAGACUCAAGAAAAAAUGUUUCAGUCGCUAGUUAUUAAAAAAUCAACAAAAUACUAUAAGAACCGACAAAGUCGAUACUUUUCCAUGAUAUUGAUUUUUCAGGUCGUCCAGUACUACGCCGAGCAGGAACAAAAAACAAAGAAAAUCUCUUUGAAACCUCGUUAUCGGAAAUUGCAAUUCCUUAUAUUCUUUCUCGUCAGCUCUUUCUUCACCUUUCUUUACGCUUUUUUGGUUUUGAAGCCGUUUUUCAUAAUUUAAGAUUUUUCAUAUUUGCUUUAUAUAUCAAUCUUCCAAUCUUCAUUUAAAGAGCAUUAUAUUGUAUAAAGUGUAACCAAAAAAAUUCAAUCUUUCUAAAGUUUGAGAUUUAUGAAAUGUUCCUUUUUCUGCUGUCAUAUAGCCCAUGCUUUAUUGAUUUGUUGAGAUAUUUCUUUUGGCGUUUUUUUCGAAUUUUUGAGAGAAUUUCUGGUUUCAUUCAUCUGUCUCUCAUUUUUUUCUUCUGAUUUUUUUAAAAAAACGUGAAAAAAAUUCAAAUUCAAUUUUUUUGGUUUUUUUAAAAAAAUAUAUGACAAGCAAAAAAAUGAUAAAAAAAUUUAACAUAAGGGAAAAAAAUAACGUGGGGGAAAGUUGUUUUUUGAAUCCUUAGAUGAAAAAUGUCCUGCCUGGAAAUGCACUUUAUGAGCGCCCUUUUUUGAAAUAUUACAGCUGUUACCAUGUGUACCUGCUUUUCUUGUUUGUUUUUCGAAGUCAGCUUCAAGAAAAUGUAUCGAAUUACGAAAUUGGAAAUAAGGUAAUCCGGUGACUAUCGAUUUUCUCUCUUUCUAAAGAAAAAAACAGCUGAUGCCAAAAAGUUUGUUCCGAAAUACGCUCGCAGUGUUUAUUUCUUGGUUUUUGCGAACUAUUCUAUUUGGAUAACUCUGCAAAAAAGUAAUUUUUUUUGGAAAAUUCUCUUUUCAAACGUUAGUUUGUUAUGCUGUAUCUUAGCAGAUUUUGGUUUCAACAGGCUGGAAAGAGAAAACAAACAGCGUGAAAACUUGGACUCCCUCUCUCAAAAAAAUGUUUGUUGGUGGAAUACAGGUGGAUCUUUGAGGAGUGCUCAGAAAAUAGACAUUUUUCAAGUCUGUUCUAUAAGAAAAAACGAGAAAACACAAAUUUCAUGUUUCAAGAAGUAAAAUUCGAGUUCUUUCAGGGGGUUUUUUUUUCUCUUCGAAAAUUUCAGUUGAGUUUUAUUCACAGCUUUUCCUCAUCCCAAUGAAGAAUCGUGACGAUGUGAUUCUGUUAAUGUGAGGAAGAACAGAAGGGAGGUCAAACCAGUUGUCGCGGGGCAGAGCACAAGUCGGCGGGAUUCCAACAACACACACAGGAGCCACCAUUGAUCACACCACUCUUUGCACUUUCGGCCGUUGGGUGUCUACUUUCUUCUGUUUUGCCUGGAACCGUCAUUCUGUGCGGAUCUCUUCUCUUCAAGCAGGUAUCAGUAUUUUUCAACUAAUUAUCAAUUGAUAUAACCUUUUUUGAGACUCUGAAAGACGAGAAAACAAUUUCCUUUUUUGUAUAUUGUCUUUCUUUACUUGAUCCCAAGCAAAUAAAUUUGAUCAAAGUACAUUCAACAGUUAGAAUGAAAGCAUUCGGAAAUUGUAACCGAUUCGAAUAUUUAUUUGAAAUUGUUUAUCAUUGUCCCUGCUGACAUUUUGCCGAGUAAGCAAAAUUGCGGAAAUUUUCGAAAUCGAUCAUCAUUGAUUCUUCGUUUGAAAACGUUACUAUAAUUGUGGCUGAAUUGAAGAUAAAAAGCGAGUUCCAAACGCCUUCUACAUUUUAUGCUUCAAGAUAGCAAAAAUGAAACUCACCAGUUACUCAAAAAUUGGCAAAAGACCAAGAAAGCCCUGCUCCAACCUGAUUUUUGUCUUUAUGUCUCAUCUAUUUUCACGCUUGACGACUUUUCUGAACGUCUUCGAAAAACAAAAAAUUGCGGCUUUUGCAAUCUCGUGCUCCUCACAAACGUGUGGCGCCGCAAUUCCACUGGCUCACUUUUUUUCUGUUGGUUUUCCCGUUUCUCCCCACGUUUUUUCCUUGCGUUAAUCCGGCUCUCAGUGGUUUACGCUUCACUUUCAUUUAGAAGCUUUCAUUUCCGAUUGAAUAAUUCAAUUUAUUUCACUUCAUGACAAUAAUAAGUUUUUGUGUAAACUUUCAAGAUUUUUUUAAAGAUAAACAAUUUUUUCGAGUUGGAUUUCCACACAAUAAAAAAGUGUCGUUUAUUUCGCUCGAGAGCUUGAUGAAGUUUUGUAGUAGUAUACCUUGCUCAUUUCUCACACGUUUUUUUGACUUUUGUUUUUAGUCGAGUAAUGAAGCCAUAAAAGGCAAAGCUUUCGAAACUUUUUUGAAGUGCUUUCCUUCAAAUAAAAUGUGAAAAGUCCUAAACCAGCGAUCGAAACAAACUCUCGGCAUAUAAAUUUUAAGUAUAGCAAAUCUACGGUUAACUUAAAACAGUGAACUUCUGGCUUAUUUAGUUUUGAAAAAUUAAAUUAAUCUUGAAGUCUUAAUUUUUCAACUCUUUACAGUGGCUUUUUUUAAAAAAAUCUAUCUGAAAGUGAAUUCACGCUUCCUAUUUUUUUGUUUUUUUCAUUGAAUCGAAAAUCACAAAAAGUUUUUUUACUCGAAGCUAGAAAAAAACAAAACAAAAUUUGUAUCCCCAUAAAGGUCGAGUAAUUUCGUAUUUGGAGCUGAAAAACCGAUUUCAAAUCGACUAAUUCUCUAAAGUUACUUCUGAAAAUCUGAAAAAUUAUUUUUCCUGCAAAAACAGUUUCUCGCUAAAGACUCAAGCUUUUUUUUAAACUUUUCAACAACUUUUUCCUUUAUGGUGAAAACUCAUUUAAAUAGCUCGCUAGUUGGCGAAAUCGUAGUUUCUCUCCUUCUUUGCAAAGUGUGUUUCAUGGACAUUGCUCCAAUCCAUUGCUACGUUAUUUUCGAGCUCAAAGAACCCAUGGACGUUCGUUCUGAAAAUCUCGAACAAAUAUUCAUGAUCUUCAUACAGAUUACAGUUUCUAUGUGAUUUUUCCGUGCUCUCUAGCCAAUUUUUAUUCUUUUUCGCUCUGGAGCAUCAAAGAAUGUACUGAUUGUUUGCUCGGGACAGAAAUAAAGAAAAAACGUGAUUAUUGCCUUUUUUCCAACUCACUUUCAAUUUUCAGAACAACCCGUGAAUGGAGAAGCCUGUUCAGCCAACUUGCUGCAAAGACGUUUCGCGGGGCUCGAGUCGUGAGAUUUUAUUCGACUGUCUCAUUUUUUUCUCGUGGCUAUGAAAAAAUUUGUUUUACUACUUUUUCAAGUUUUCGAGAUUGCAUAUAAAAAUAAAAAUUGGAAAUUGGAAUAAAAACGAGUUUAAAAAUAUCAAGUACCAAUAAUCAAGCUGGAAAAAAAAUAAAGAACUCUAAGUUUAAGGAAUAAAUUUUAUUGAAUGGUAAAAAUAAUCAUCAGAAAAAAAAAUAAUAAACGCAAACGACUGUUUCAAAAAGUAAUUUAGACAUUUAGGUAGAGUCUAUUUUGAAAACAAUUUCUUUGUCCGCAUUCUGCUUACUCCGUUUUCGAGGAGUUUCCGGUGAAACGAACUUGGAGAAGCAGGGUUCCCCAUCUUUUCGAUUUUUGAGCUACCCGACUAUAGGCUUUCGACAUUUGUGGUCCUUCAAUUGCUUCUGGCUCUGUGUGAAAAAAAUUGCAUUAGGAAAAAUUUGCGUGAUAUUCUAAGAUUAUUGAAUUAAAUGUUUCAUAUAGUCUUGAACUGCUAAUUUUUAAGUCAUAAAAAGAGAAAAAAAUCGUGAAAAAAAUCUUGUACCGUUCAGUUCAUCAUAAGUUUUGAAAAAAACUUCGAAAAAAAGCCCUAGAAUAAUCAUUGAAGUUAGAAUGUAAUGAAUUUUUAGAGUUUUUCAGUGAACAAUGAGUUCAAAAACUAAAAAAACUCGAAAAACGUAGCUGAAAAAUUGAGGCUUUUUGAAAAAAAUGAAAAAAAUUUUUACAAUUUAUUUUAUAAUAGUAAAAAAAUAUUUGGAAUCAGAUAAAAUGAGUUAAGUUUAAAUUUUUCGCAGAUCUUUUUCAUUUUAAAAAUUCUUUUUAGGGAAAAAAAGAAGAUGGAGCUCGAAGCCUUUGAUCAUCAUGUAAAUGAUCCAAAGAGUUAGCAAAAAAACUGAAGUUCCAAUUAUUUUUCCUGAGUUCCAAAUUACAGAUAGAAAAAAAGAAAAUCAUGAAAGCUUUUUGAACAAAUUAGGCUUAAAAAAACGAAUUUAUUCGAGCUGUAAAUCUAAUUUUUUGAUAUUCGUCAAAAUUCCAAAGAACUGAGCACAGAAUGCCAAAAAUUUCUGCAUAAUGAAAAAAUGAAAAAACUGACCGGGUCAGCAUUUUGGAGUUUGAACUGAUGACGAUGGAAAAAGAAUAGGCCAACCGGGGCCGGAUGGACGCGAAGGAAAGACGGACGGCGAUUUCGUUCCGCAUGUGAACUGAUCUUGGCAGACCGUUUUUUUUGCGGUGUCCAAAAGAGCAACGAAAAGUCACACCUCGCUCACGCCGCCCCGAGACGGUAAACUCUGUAAAAGAACUGUAAACUGCGACCUCACCCAGCUGUAAAUCCUUUGGUGGCAAAACAAAUGAAGUUUUGUGACCUGCUUUCGCGGGAAUGUGUGAGAAUGAUGUCGGUCUGAUAUUCCAUAUGUUAGAUAAUCCAAAGAUCACACUUUAGGAAAAAAAUGAGCAAAUCGGAAUUUUUUUCAUCAAACUUUUUUAAAAAAAUCCUGUAAGUCAAAAAGAGAUUUUUCGAAGAAAAAUUUCACCUUUUUUUCUUUUUUUGAACGAGCAAAUCCUUAUCAAAUAAAUUUUUACAAAUUCAUUCAAAAGAUAAAAUGAUUGAAAAAAAUAAUGACGAUCUUGCAAAUCAGACAAACAAAUAUAAAGUUUUUUUGAAUUCAAAUUAUAUUUGGCCAAGCCUUCUGAAGAUUUCUUGCUGACUGAGAUGGACAGAUUUCUGGCUCAAAAAUUGAUGAAAAAGCUGUCGUAAAAACCCUAACUUUCUGAAUAAAUCUUCUUUUAUAAGGCCCAAAAAAAUAUGUUUUUUUAUUAGAGAUUUGGAAAGAUUUUUUUAAACUAUGAUUUUCAUGAGUUUAACACAUUCAUAAAAAAAUAUUCAGUUAAUUUUUUUCCAGUGAAGAAAAAAAUUCGAAGUUUCACAAAAGUUUCUUUCAUUUUUUUCCUUGAAGUUGUCCAAAAAGAGAUUCACCAGCUUUGAAGAAGAAACAAUUUUUUUCAGCAAUUUGUUUGGAAGAUCAUCAAAUCUCUCAACAGAUAAGAGAUGAAUUUUUUUGUGAGGUUUACGAAAAACCUUCUUCGAAGUUUUCUCCAUUCUGAGUUUUCAGUAUCCAAAAAAAUUCGAAAAGAACUUCGUCGAAGGAAAAUUUUUCCUCAGGACUUAAAGAAGUUUUUUUGCCACUUUUAAAAAUAAAAAAAUGUGCUAUUUAUUUCAAUAAAAACAGAGUUUUAAAAGUUUUAUUCGGAUUGUGAGUCCAUUUUCAAAAAGACUGUAAAAAGAUGUCUUUCAUUUUUUUGCUUUUUCGACUAAAAAGUAAUUUAUGGACAGAUAAGAGUUUUAAAAGUCGGCAACUCCUAACGCCGCUUAAAAUUACAGCCGACGCCACGGUGCGAGUCCAAGUUUAUGGUCCCCCGGUCCGUCUCGCCGUCGGUGGGAGGUGUGACUGUAGUGUGAUUUUCUUUUUGGAGCCGCCCGUUUUUUCUAUAAAAGGGCUCAAGAACGGAGAGAACUUAACUAGUGAAAAUGGAUUUCACCGCCGUCGAAGUCUACCUCCGCAUCAGCAGAUCAGUUUCCUCGCACGCCAUCAAGAUCGGCGACUUAUUCAAUCGUGGCUACCAUCACGACGACCGAUUCCCUGAAGCCGAACACGUCAUCGACGCUCUGGCCACCCACGACGCCUGCCGAGUUCUUUGGAUGAUUCCUGACGUCUUUUACCACCUUCACCCGGUUUGUGUUUCAAAACACUUGGAAAAAAAUUUCUUCUGUUUUUUUCUUAAAUUAAUAUCUUCGAACCAUCAAAUAGCAGAAAAAAAUUUUUUUCAGCUUUUUUUCAAAUAUUUUUUUAAACUCACUUUUUUUGAAGGAAGUCAAAUGAGGGAAUUGUUUCUUUUUAUUUUUUUCGUUACUUUUUCUUGAUUUUUUGGUUUUUUUCUUAGACUAUUAUCUUCAGAAUAUCGAAUAACAGAAAAAAAUUUUUUUCAGCUUUUUUUCAAAUGUUUUUUUCAAACUCACACAUUUUUUUAAGUAAAUUUAGGAAAUAAUUUUUUAUUUAUCUUUAAUUUUCUUGAUUUUUUUAGGCCCCUGAUCAAAGGCCGCCUCUCCCUGAAGUACUUGGUCAAGGCCUUCCGUACCAAAACGCAGUGGUUCGUUCGAUUUUCCUUCUUACUAUUUGAUUUUUCUUUUAAGACAAUGAUGAGGGCCCUCACACACAGAUUUGAGAGGAUCUACCGGGCCCUGCGUUACUUCAGCCGCUAUUUUUCAUUUGCAGAAAGGGUUUGAUUUCAUUCUUCAACUAUUCUUGAUGUUUCUGUGUUUCAGAGAGGGUUGUACUGCCCGGAAUACUUCCGCGGCGACACCGAAUCUGCAAAACGAAUCUUCAAGCCGCUCGUGGUGAGGAAGACAUAAUGAUUCGAACUCUUAUCGUUUUUUUCCAGAGACUCUUCCGUAACUUCUGGCGCAACCACCCAGCUUAUCAAAGGAGAGGUGAGCUUUUUAUUCUUCCUUAA